AUGCUGAAGAUGCUCUCGUUUAAGCUGCUACUGCUAGCCGUGGCUCUGGGCUUCUUUGAAGGAGAUGCCAAGUUUGGGGAAAGGAGCGAAGGGAAUGGAGCAAGGAGGAGAAGGUGCCUGAAUGGGAACCCCCCUAAGCGUCUGAAAAGGAGAGACAGGCGGAUGAUGUCUCAGCUGGAGCUGCUGAGUGGAGGAGAGAUCCUGUGUGGUGGUUUCUACCCCCGAGUAUCCUGCUGCCUGCAGAGUGACAGCCCUGGAUUGGGGCGUCUGGAGAACAAGAUCUUCUCUUCUACCAACAAUACAGAAUGUGGCAAAUUACUAGAAGAGAUCAAAUGUGCUCCUUGCUCGCCACACUCGCAGAGCCUGUUCUGCUCACCUGAGAGAGAGGUCCUGGAUGGAGACCUAGUACUUCCGCUGCUCUGCAAGGACUACUGCAAAGAGUUCUUUUACACUUGUCGGGGCCAUAUUCCAGGUCUUCUUCAAACGACUGCUGAUGAGUUUUGUUUUUACUACUCAAGAAAAGAUGGCGGGUCCUGCUUUCCAGACUUCCCAAGAAAGCAAGUCAGAGGACCGGCGUCCAACUACUUGGACCAGAUGGAAGAGUAUGAGAAGGUGGAGGAGCUCAGCAGAAAACACAAACACAACUGCUUCUGUGUCCAGGAGGUAGUGAGUGGGCUGCGGCAGCCGGUGGGUGCUGUGCACAGUGGCGAUGGCUCCCAUCGCCUCUUCAUUCUAGAGAAGGAAGGGUAUGUGAAGAUCCUAACCCCAGAAGGAGACAUUUUCAAGGAGCCUUACUUGGACAUUCACAAACUUGUUCAAAGUGGAAUAAAGGGAGGAGAUGAAAGGGGCCUACUAAGCCUUGCAUUCCAUCCCAAUUACAAGAAAAAUGGGAAGCUGUAUGUGUCUUAUACCACCAACCAAGAACGGUGGGCUAUCGGGCCUCACGACCACAUCCUUAGGGUAGUGGAGUACACAGUAUCCAGGAAAAAUCCCCAUCAAGUUGAUGUGAGAACAGCCAGGGUGUUUCUGGAAGUUGCCGAGCUCCACCGAAAGCAUCUUGGAGGACAACUGCUCUUUGGUCCCGAUGGCUUUUUGUACAUCAUACUCGGGGACGGUAUGAUCACACUGGAUGACAUGGAGGAGAUGGAUGGGUUAAGUGAUUUCACAGGCUCUGUGCUGAGGCUAGAUGUGGACACCGACAUGUGCAAUGUGCCUUAUUCCAUACCACGGAGCAACCCCCACUUCAACAGCACCAACCAGCCCCCAGAAGUGUUUGCCCAUGGGCUCCAUGAUCCAGGCAGAUGUGCCGUGGAUCGACAUCCUACUGAUAGAAACAUCAAUUUAACAAUACUUUGCUCAGAUUCCAAUGGGAAAAACAGAUCAUCAGCCAGAAUCCUUCAGAUAAUGAAAGGGAAAGAUUACGAAAGUGAGCCAUCACUUUUAGAAUUCAAGCCAUUCAGUAAUGGCCCUUUGGUUGGUGGAUUCAUUUACAGAGGCUGCCAGUCUGAAAGAUUGUACGGAAGCUAUGUGUUUGGAGAUCGCAAUGGGAAUUUCUUAACUCUCCAGCGAAGUCCAGUGACCAAGCAAUGGCAAGAAAAGCCACUCUGUCUGGGCACCAGCGGUUCCUGUCGAGGCUACUUUUCAGGUCAUAUCUUGGGAUUUGGAGAAGAUGAACUAGGAGAAGUUUACAUUUUAUCAAGCAGUAAGAGUAUGACCCAGACUCACAAUGGAAAACUGUACAAGAUCAUAGACCCAAAAAGACCUUUAAUGCCCGAGGAAUGCAGAGUCACAGUUCAACCUGCGCAAACCCUGACCUCAGAUUGCUCCCGGCUCUGUCGAAACGGCUACUACACCCCCACCGGCAAGUGCUGCUGCAGUCCAGGCUGGGAGGGAGACUUCUGCAGAAUUGCCAAAUGUGAGCCAGCAUGUCGUCAUGGAGGUGUCUGUGUCAGACCGAACAAGUGCCUCUGUAAGAAAGGUUACCUUGGUCCUCAGUGUGAGCACGUGGACAGAAGCAUACGCAGAGUGGCCAGGGCAGGUAUUCUGGAUCACAUCAUUGACAUGACAUCUUAUUUGCUGGAUCUCACAAGUUACAUUGUAUAGUUUCCGGGACAGUUGAAUAGUCCUUCCUGGUGGGCAUUUAUUUUGAUCUUGUCAUUAAAAAGAGAGACUAUCUUCCUGCUACACACUCCUGUGAUCUCAUUUUCUUUUAGUAAUUUAAAAGCAAUUUCCAGAAAUGUGCAGAUUUCAGUGUGUAUGUUGUUCAUUCACAUACACACGUCCAACACGUGCACUCACAAUCCCCAGACCCCAUUUUAUAUAACAGGUGGUUUUGUUUUGUUUUGUUUUGUUUUUAAUAUCUACUUCCCGCUGUGAAGUACUUCACACAAAAUUUCCACUGAGAAUUAAUUACAGAAUGUUUAUGGCAUCAGAAGAUAUUCCUUUAGUUCCCAGGAAAUUUCUGUCUGCAAUUACUAAAGUUGAGCAUAGUAGGGUUUUGAAAUGUUGUUGUGCAAUGUGGUAGAAAUAUUUUUAUAUUAAAGGUCUAUAAGAAGA